AGAAUUUAUCUGUCAAAUUUCAUCUUCGAUUAUUUCCCGAUUUAAUGAGUUAUCAUCCACCAUAUUUUUUAAUAUGAUUAAAUUAUACAAUAAAGUUCUAAAUACUAGAUGAUAAAGGUAAUAUAUCUUUAACUAAAUUGGUUUUUAGUAUUUUACUUGAAUGAUCAGUUGAAUAGGUUGACAAGAAUUAAAAUUCUGUAGUAACAUCAUACAUAUUUUUAAGUAAAUUAUUCACUGUAUUUCCCAUAUAAACAGAAUUAAAAAGAAGAAGAAAUAAAUAAAAUUGAAUUAAAUAUAUGAAAUGACUAUUUAUAACAUUUAUAUAUUUGAUAAAUCAGGAAUUCUAUUAUACUAUCAAGAAUGGAAUAGAUUUAAACAAUCAGGAAUGACUAGAGAAGAGGAAGCUAAACUUAUGUAUGGUAUGCUUUUUUCGAUAAAAUCAUUCGUUAACAAAAUAUCACCAAUUGAUCCUAAAGAAGGAUUUUUAUUUUAUCGAACAUCUAAAUACACUCUCAAUUUCUUUGAAACACCAUCCGGAUUGAAAUUUGUUCUAAACACUGACCCACAUAGUCUUGGAGUUAGAGAAAUUCUUCAACAAUUAUAUAGUCAAAUUUAUGUGGAGUAUGUAGUGAAGAAUCCACUUUGUAAACUAGGGCAACCAAUCGAAUCUGAACUAUUCAAGAUGAAAUUAGAUGCAUAUAUCAAACAACUUUCUAUAUAUCCAAUAAAAGUAGCUUAAGUAAAUAAAUAAUUUGUUAUAUACAAUUUUAUUUAUUUAUCCACAAGAAAUGAAAAACA